CUUUUCUCGGCUACGACGGUCGAGCCUGAAAAUCCUAAGGUUGAAGUCGAUCCUCUUGGCGUCUUUAUGGUGACAAAUGUUUCCCCCGAUUUAGUUGAUUCAGGCUUCGUUCUGACACCAGAUCAUAAGGAAGAAUGGCUUUUUGCCUCUUUGAGUCGUGCUAGCCAGGAUGAGGCACUCUCUACUUUUAAUAUUUGUAAGCCUUUAUAUUUUCAUGGGGCUGCAAUUAUGUAUUGA